AAAUAUCAUAAGGAAAAUAGGAAGAAGGUGCAAUGCACAUAGCACGAAGGUGCCACGCUACUCAGAUUAUGCACUCAAGGAGAAGGUUUACUGCAAAAGUAGUAAUGGUUGACGCAAAGUCAAUGAACCAAUAAAACCAGAAUCCUUGAACCCGUCUUUAUAAAUUCUUUAUUAUUAUUGCAGCCACUUUUCAUACUAUGGCAUUUCGAUACUCUUUUCUAUCAGAUUGCAAUCUACACUGUAUUUCUCUUUCUGGUGCCUUACUAAAUUUUCUUCCACCGCCAUUCACAAACACAAUACCAAGCACACAUCAAAAUCUACACGCACGUCUCCACUGUAAUGGCAGAGAGUGUAGUUUCCUUUGUUUUAGAUCACUUAGGUGAGCUUGCCGCACGCGAAGCUAACUUGUUGUAUGGCGUGGAGGAUAGAGUCCAGUCCCUCCAUUACGAACUUCAAAUGAUCAAAGAGCUUCUCAAUACCACCAAGAGAAAGAAGGGAAUGGAACACAUUGUAUUGAACCAAAUCAGAGAUGUGGCCCACUUAGCUGAGGAUGUCAUCGAUACAUUCGUAGCCAAAGUUUCCAUUUACAAGAGGAGAACCAUUCUCGGGAGGAUGCUCCAUGGCUUUGGCCAAGCAAGGUUGCUUCACCAUGUAGCCCACAAAAUAGACAAUAUCAGAACCACUCUCAAUGAGCUACGCGACAACAGGGACAAAUAUGAUGCUUUCAAAGAAACUAAUAAUCAAUCUGCAACAGAAGAGGAGGAGAAGGAAAGGUUUCAAUCGCUGCACAAGCUUAGAAGAGACGUGGAGGAAGAACAUGUGGUUGGCUUUGUCCAAGACUCCAAAGAUGUCAUCAAACAACUCCUGGAAGGUGGUUCAAAUCGUAAAGUUGUCUCUAUCGUUGGCAUGGGGGGAUUGGGGAAGACCACCCUUGCCCGAAAGGUCUACAAUAACAAUCAAGUGAAGCAAUGCUUCAAGUGUCGUGCAUGGGUUUAUGUGUCCAACGAGUGCAGAGUUAAGGAGCUUUUGCUUGGUCUUCUUAAGCAUUUGAUGCCAAAAUUUGAACAGCAACGCAGAGGCAACAAAAAAGGUAUGAAAAGUGCUGGAGAUAUUAGUAGCCUGAAUGAGGAGGAGCUGAAAAAACUGGUGCGGAACUGCUUGGAGUGGAAAAGGUAUCUUGUGGUGGUAGAUGACCUGUGGAAAAAGCAAGAUUGGGACGAGGUGCAAGAUGCUUUUCCAAACAACGAUAGAGGCAACAGAAUAUUGCUCACUAGUCGUUUGAAAGAGGUGGCCUUGCAUGCUGGUCAUGAUGUCCCUCACUAUCUUCAAUUCCUGAAUAAAGAAGAAAGUUGGGAGUUGUUUCGCAGGAAGGUGUUUAGGGGUGAAAACUACCCUUCUGAUUUGGAGCCACUUGGACAACAUAUUGUUCAAAGUUGUCAAGGUUUGCCGCUCUCCAUCAUUGUCUUAGCAGGGUUGCUAGCCAACAGGGAAAAGUCAUAUAGAGAAUGGUCUAAAGUUGUGGGUCAUGUUAAUUGGUAUUUGACUCGAGAUGAGACCCAAGUGAAAGAUAUAGUUCUCAAGCUUAGCUACGACAACUUGCCAAAGAGACUAAAACCAUGUUUUCUCUAUCUUGGGUUAUUUCCUGAAGACUUAGAAAUACCUGUUAUGCCAUUAUUACAAAAAUGGGUAGCAGAGGGUUUUAUACAAGAUACAGGGAAUAGAGACCCAGAUGAUAUUGCAGAAGACUACUUGUACGAACUCAUCGAUCGUAGUUUGGUUCAAGUAGCAAGAGUGGAAAUGAAUGGAGGUUUGGAGACGUGUCGGGUUCAUGAUCUUCUUCGAGACCUUUGCAUAUCAAAGAGCAAAGAGGACAAAGUUUUUGAGGUUUGCACAGAUAACAACAUUCUAAUUCCGACCAAACCUCGUAGAUUGUCCAUUCACAGUAAGAUGGCUCACUACAUUUCUUCAAGCAAUAAUGACCAUUCAUGUAUCCGUUCCCUGUUAUUCUUUGGUCCAGAUUACUGUGUUGAUAGGAGAGAAUGGAAAUGGCUUUUGGAAGGCUUCAAAUUGGUUCGGGUGUUAGAGCUCGAACCAAAGAGGUGCGGAAAGAUCCCUUCAAAGUUAGGAAAAUUUAUCCACUUAAGAUACUUGAGAAUAGACUCGGAGGAGGUUAAGUUUGUUCCAGCUUCAAUACUUGAUCUUUGGAAUCUACAAACCAUAGACUUAGGUCCUUGGAGUCAUGACAUUCCAAUUUCUUUCCCUUUACAAAUAUGGAAGCUCAAACAUUUAAGACAUUUAAAUUCACGACGACCUAUCAAGCUGCGAGGCAGUAGUUCAGGAUCAAAUGAAAAGAUGUGGAAUCUUCAAACCAUUUCUCCUCUUGAACUCAACAAGCAAACAACAUUUCUGGUAAAGAAUGAAACAUUUCCCAAUCUUAAGAGGAUGGGGUUGAAAGUAGAUUCUGGAUGCAAAGGUGAAUUACCCAAUUUGUUGGAGAGCCUACAACAAUUAAGUCAUCUGAAUAAGUUAGAGAUUCUCCUCCCAGAUAGUUAUGAUGCAAGUUUAAAUGUAGAGGGUUCAGUCCAUGAAAGUGUGGAAAGGAACAAUGGUUGCAAGCCACAAGAACUGUUACAAAACCUAGGACAAUUCAAUUAUCUAUCUGUCUUAAAGAUUGAGAAUGCUUUGAACCUUCUAAUAAGUGCAGUCACAUUUCCUCCAAACAUUACAGAGUUAAAGUUAUCAGGGAUUAGCUGCAUUAGCGAUGAGGGGAUAAGUGGUUUGGGAAAUCACAGCAAACUCAAAAUUUUGAGACUUUUGGGAGAUGUAACUUGGUCUGGAGAUUCCUCUGUGUUCUAUUGUGUCGAAGGUAGUUUCCCAGAGUUGGAAAUAUUUCGAAUGGGUGUUUUGGCAGUUACAAAGUGGAAAUUAAGCAAUGGUGCAAUGCAGAAACUUGAGAGUGUGAUGAUCCACAAUUGUGAAAUGUUAGAUGAUCUUCCAAAUGAACUUUGGUCUUUGAGUGGAUUAAGAAAAGUACAGAUAACUAAACCAUCAGAACAAAUGGUUCGCAUGCUACGAAAUUUGAAAAUAAACAAUGGGAUUCAACUUCUCAUAGAUGCCGAAGAACCUUUUAGUUUUGAAAAUAAAUUUUAGAAAUAUAAGAUAAUACAUUAGAGAAAAGAGUCAAUUAAAUAUCAAUAAUAAUCUAGUUUUUCUAU